AUGAGUGUCCCGGCAUAUGAAACAUCCAGCAACAAAAGUCCCCGUGACGGGGACAAGUCCAUCGAGCACACCACGGGAUGGGCCACAGACGUCGACCAUGGCGCCGAGACCGACCUCCAUCGCUCGCUGUCGACCCGCCAUCUGACCAUGAUUGCGCUGGGGUCCUCGAUUGGUAUGGGACUAUGGCUGGGGAGUGGUACAUCGCUUCAUAGCGGCGGUCCGGCCUCCAUCUUCAUUGGAUACUUGCUGAGUGGUACAAUGAUCUGGGCUGUGGCACAUUCCAUCGGUGAAAUGGCCGUCAUGUAUCCUCUCCCCUCGGCAUUCAUCCAGUGGACAUCGAUCUUUGUUGAUCCUGCAGCGGGGUUUGCGUUGGGAUGGGCGUACUGGUUCUCGUUCUGGAUCACCAUUGCGAACGAGCUGCAGGGUGUGGUUACGGUGUUGGGCUUCUGGACAGACAAGGUGCCCACCGCAGCAUGGAUCAGUAUCUUCUGGGUGGUCAUUAUCUUCAUCAACGUCUGGGCGGUCAAAUUCUUCGGCGAGGUCGAAGUCGUUUCUUCCACAAUAAAGUUCUCCUGGAUCUUUGUCGUCAUCAUCUCCUUGAUCGGUGGCGCGCCCAACCAUGAAGCCGUUGGUUUCCGGUACUGGAACUCAGAACCCUUCAUCAACGGCUUCAAGGGCUUCCUCUCCGUGAUGCCGACGUGUAUUUUUGCCAUGUCCGGGUCUGAGAACUCGGCCCUUGUCGCCGCGGAGACUUCGAACCCCCGCAAAUCCGUCCCCAGAGCGGUUGGAUCGAUGUGGAUUCGCCUGUCGCUGUUUUAUGUCCUUGGUUCGCUGAUGAUCACCAUCACGGUGGACCCGAACAACCCGGAUCUGUUCGGAGGAGAGGGGGUCAACGCCUCGCCCUUCGUCAUUGCGUAUCGGAAUUCUGGUCUGGCUCCUAUGGCCCAUAUUAUGAACGCUGUCAUCUUCAUCUCCGUCGUCUCUACGGGCAGUAUCUCCGCGUAUGCUGGUUCGCGGUCGCUGAUGGGGUUGGCCCAUCUGAAGAUGGCACCCAAGUGGUUCGGAACGGCAGACAAGGUCGGACGGCCAGUGGCUGGCCUGUUCAUCACUCUCCUUAUUGGAGGCGGUCUCGCAUACCUGAACGUUAGUAACAGCGGUGCGACGGUCUUCGGCUGGUUCUCGAAUAUCACCUCUCUGUUUACCCUCUUCGGCUGGGGAAUGAUCUGUCUGUCGCAUCUCCGUAUGCGCUAUGCCUGGAAGAUCCAGGGUCGGUCGGUCGAAGACCUGCCAUGGAAAUCCUGGACCUUCCCCUAUGCCGCGUACUGGGGUCUGCUCUGGUGCAUCUUGCUGAUUAUUGCCGAGUUCUACCUGUCGCUCUGGCCGCUGGGAGGGAGCCCGGAUGCUGAGACCUUCUUUGCGAACUAUGUCAGCGUCGUUGCGAUCGUGGUCAUCUAUAUCGGCGCCAAGAUCUACUACCGCGGACGCAUGUGGGUGGAUGCCAGCACCAUCGACUUGGAUGCGCAUCGUCGGUUCUAUAAUGACCAUUUGGAUGAAGAAGCCAAGGUCGAGAAGACUGGCGUCAGCAAAUACGUCUCCAAGAUGGUCGGAGUGAUCACAAACUGA